UGCAGGGGCCAGAGCUUGGACUGCUGCAGGAGUGGGUGCCCCACGAGCUGAGGGGGGAAACUGAGGCACGGAAGCGUGGAAGGACCCCGCCCAGGUGAUGAAGCAGAAGGUGCUGGCAGCAGUGGCAGAGACAUCCCGGUGCCUGGACGGCAACCAGCUCUUCGCCUUCAGCAUCCCAGGAUGUGCCCCAGCGGCUGCCCUUGGCAUCUCCUGCCUGCCCACGGGCAGCGGUGGGACGCAACUCCUGCACCUGGGUGGCCCAAACCUGGUCUUCUGCAUCCUCCUCCGUGGGAGCAGCUGGGAUAUUAAGUGUCAUCCCUGCGGGGAGAAAUGCAAGCGGAAGAAUCCCGGGAAACUGGUUUUACCCCUCUGUCCGGUGCUGGCGGCAGGACGGCGGCAGCGGCCGCUGCUCCUCCCUCGGCAAAGGCUUAUAAUGCCUGCCAUGGUCCCGGCAGCCGGCACUGCGCGGCAGGAGGCAGGCAGGGCUGUGGGCAGCGAGCGAUGGCCUCCAUGGGGCUGCAGGUGCUGGGCAUCUCCCUCUCCGUCAUCGGCUGGUUGGCCUCCAUCCUCUGCUGCGCCUUGCCCAUGUGGCGGGAGACAGCCUUCGUCGGCAACAACAUCGUGGUGGCCCAGAUCAUCUGGGAAGGGCUGUGGAUGAACUGCGUGGUGCAGAGCACGGGGCAGAUGCAGUGCAAGGUCUACGACUCCCUGCUGGCCCUGCCGCAGGACCUGCAAGCCGCCCGCGCCAUGGUGGUGGUGGCCAUCGUCUUGGCCAUCUUGGGCACCCUGCUGGCUGUCACUGGUGGCAAGUGCACCAACUGCGUGGAGGACGACACCGCCAAAGCCAAGGUCGUGAUCCUCUCCGGAGUUAUCUUCAUCGUCGCUGGCAUCCUCAUCCUCAUCCCCAUCUCCUGGUCGGCUAACACCAUCAUCCGGGACUUCUACAACCCGCUGGUCACCGAAUCCCAGAAGCGGGACCUGGGCUCAUCCCUCUACGUGGGCUGGGCAGCCUCGGUGCUCCUGCUGCUGGGAGGGGGCAUCCUGUGCUGCACCUGCCCCUCCCGGGGCGAGCAGCCCUACUCUGCCAAGUUCACGGCUGCUCGCUCGCUGCCAGCCAGCAACUACGUCUAGGAGCCGCUGAGCCCUCUUGGACACCCGCCCCAGCAUUUCUGGGAGGCUGAAAACUUCAAGAGCCCCUCAGCCUGGCUCGUGGACCCUCCCCGGCUGGGCUGGGGGCUGGCUGGGAGCCGGGGCAGGGAGGGCUGGG